GCAACGAUCUCACGUUAUUGUUGAGGCAACCUCACUCAAUCCGCAAGAACUCCUCCGGGAUCCCUAUUUCAUUCCCCCAAUUUCAUGAUCUCAUGCCGAAGCUGGUGGGAACUCUCAUCCAAGCUUUGAACUUACUACGCAGGCAGUGUGCUGUUGAAAGAAACAACAGCACCACAAUGAUGGCUUUUCGAAACUCCAAUCCAGUCUCGCCCUGGAAGCCUGGUGAACCUGCACAUCAAGCAUACUUCACCUUCUUCAAUAGCGCCUGGCAACCAGCUGUGACUUCCAAGACAGCACAUGCUUCCACAGCCGAGACCCUCGUAUCCUUCUCAGUCUUGUCCUGGAACAUCGAUUUCAUGAGGCCACUGCCGAAUGCGCGAAUGGAAGCUGCUCUAAAACACCUCGAGCUUAUAGCUGGGUUAGCCAACCAGAGCGUCAUCAUGCUGAAUGAAAUGGUGAGUGGGGAUUUGGAGCUGAUCAAAAAGGCCGACUGGGUGAGACGGGACUACAGUAUAACCGAUGUCUCGGUCGACAACUGGGAAAAUCCAGGAUAUGGCACAUGCAUGCUCGUCCCCAAGGCCAUGCAAAUCAAGGAUGUGUUUCGCGUUCAUUAUGAGGAUACCGCGAUGCAACGCGAUGCGCUCUUUGUCGACGUCGCCCUGCCAAAUAACAGAACGCUUCGCCUUUGCACCACUCACCUAGAGUCGCUGGUGGCGACUCCGCCAAAGCGACCUUCCCAGCUCGCCACUGCGGCCAAGUACCUGCACCAGGCACAUGCCGGCGUCCUUGCGGGAGAUCUCAACGCGAUUGAGCCAUUUGAUCGGACCCUGCAUCUGGACAACCAUCUCAAAGAUGCAUAUCUCGAGAAUGGUGGUGGGGAAGGCGCAGUGGAGGGAAUGACGUGGGGCCAGAUGGCUCAUACCUGGCAGCGUGAACGCUUCGGCCUUAGUCGGAUGGACAAGAUCCUGUUUUGCGGUGGGCUCCAAGUUAUGAAUUUUGUGACAUUCGGGAGGGACGUCCAAGUAGAGAAGGAGAGCGAUCGGGAGCAGCUUAUGCGUCCAGGGGGACUCGAAAAAGCUUGGGUAACUGACCAUCUCGGCGUCAAGGGAGAUUUCCGCAUUGUGUUGCCCGAAACGGAGCCUUCAGUAGCCUAGUUCAGCGUUUCUUGCGAUAGAUGCUAGAUACGGAGUAGUUCGAGUGCUUAAGGGCAUGAUUGUGUCUUCGGCUCUUUGAAUAUGUUGGACGAGUGUCACGCUCAGUGCCGAGGCCGAGUUCUGGGAAAUGGGUAAGUGUACGAUACUAUCCACGAAGGGACGCUGAUUCUUAAGGACUGUAUCAUGGAACGGUAGAGAGAAUGAGGUUGAGGGAACACCCUACAGUCCCCCCCUUGUUUGUUCGUUAGCGCCUGAC